CGUUUCGUGGCCGAGCCCAUCAUUGGAUGUGACGUGCAUGCUUUGUGCUGGCAACGACAAAGUCGCGCGACUGACAGCCAAACCAACAGGACGCGCCAGACGCACCAGCUGCCGCAUGCAACUGGAGAAGACAUCUUGGUGCAUUUGCUGAUUCUCACGGUGUGUAAUCCCGAGGCGAUCCACGGCUGUCCAGGAUGGCUCCGUCAUCGAGCCAGAAGGGGACAGGGAAGAAGGGAGGCGCCAGCGCAAUUCGCCAGCAGCAGCAACAGCAACAGCAGCAGCAGCGGAGCCGCAACACCACCCCCGGCCCCGCGCCCCCAUCCGCGAACCUCCCACCUUUCGAAACCGUCGAGACCGAGACCAUCGACUUGCGCUUCGACGUCUUCCGCAAUCUGACCUUCGAGGACAUGGUCGAUCCCCUCGCCUCGGCCGCGCUGAUUCCAGACUCCAAAAGCCUCGACGGGAUUCUCACCAGACUGCAGCGCCUCGGCGAUGUCAUAGAAAAAAGAGGCACUUACUGCGAUCGCGGAAUGAGGCUGCUCGCUCAGACCCGCAGGCAGCGGAUUGACGAGCUGGCCUUGGAGCGGGGCAGGGAAGAAGAGCGGAGACAGCGCGAGGCCAACGACGGCGAGCGAGAGAGGAAAUCAAAUAAGAAGAAGCGCAAGGGGACGGAUGCUUUGGCACCACCCGGCGGAACAAUAGAGCGCUCGUCCCCUCAUCGCGAAUCGACCGGAAAAGCGAGAAAACUCUCUCGAGACGACUCGGCCAGCUCUUCACUCUCGCCGCCGGCGCCGCGCACGCCGAGUAAUAUGGACGUGGACGACAAGACCAAGACGGAAGCCAACGAUGACGACUCGAGCUCCGACGAUGGCCGCCCGCCGCCCCCAGCCCGCCCGCAAGCCAACACAUUUGGCGAUGACCCAUCUACCUUCCCCGACCCGACCGUCUACGAAAUCCGACCUGUGAAACCAGGCAUGACUGAGGAGGAAAUUAAAGAGAUAUAUUCUGUCGCGUCUUAUCCCAAGAGCGACCUGUCCCACCUCAUCGCCGGCGACCCCCCAGAUAAGGACUUUAGCAAUGCCAAGCCUAGUAAUCAGAUUAACUUUAGCACCUUCAGCGCCUACAUCGAGCCCUAUUUUCGCCCAUUCACCGAGGAAGACCUCGCAUUUCUCAGGGAGCGGGGCGACCGUGUGACGCCCUUCAUGAUGCCCAAACGCGGCAAGAAGCACUAUACCGAGAUAUGGGCCGAGGAGGACGGUGCCAUGGCCAUUGAUUCCUCACCCCCCGGCGGCCGAGACAGACUGCCACCGAACCAGGCCCGUGGCACCAUUGAGAUGCUGGAUGACGAGGUGGCCGAGACAGACAAGCUCUCCGUUGGCCCGCUCCUGUCGCGCCUCCUCCAGGCUAUGCGCCCCGAGCAUCGCGCGCCCUCGGCCGAAGACAAGCAGGGCGGCGCUAACGGCGUCGGCGGCGAUGGCGACAGCAUGAACGGUAUCGCGACCUUUGACUUCAGUUUCGGCGACAACCCCCCGCCAGCCAGUCAAGCCAAUGGUAGCAACGGCAUUAUAUCCCAAGCGCCCAACCCCGACCAACCGCCCCAACCGCAGUCCCUCCCUCCGGCAACCUUCAUGCCCGAGUCCAAUACCGAAGCCUGGAAAAAAGCCACCCACCCCAAACUCGACUACGCCCAAGUCGACGAGCGCAUCAAGCAAGAGCUCCGCCACAUCGGCUUCCUCGCACCCCUCCCACAAGACCCCUCCCUCGCCGGCUCCUCCACCACCACUAACCCCACCAACAACCCGUCCAACACCACCGCCCCUCUCGCAGGCCAAGCCAUCGACCCGGCGACAACGGCCGAAUACGACGGCCACUACGACGACGAGGUCGCCGCGCGCCUGCGCCUGCUCCAAUCCCGCCUGCGCGAGCAGGCGCUGCUCAACGGCGCGCGCAAGGCCCGCCUGACCGAGCUCGUCAAGGAGCGCAUGGCGUUCCAGGAAUACCAGACCAUUCUAGAAGACCUCGACUCGCAGGUCCAGGCGGCGUAUCUCAAGCGCACGCGGACGAUGGGCAAGAAGCCGAAGAAGGCGAGGCCCGGGCAGUCGGCGGCUGCGGCGGCUAGCGCGACUGCUGCCGGGGGCGCGGCGGGGGGCGUGGGUAUGGCGAGGCCUGGAAUAGGGGAUCUUACCAGGACGUUGAUGGAGCGGAGACGGAGGUGGAUUGAGAGUAUUGGGACCGUGUUUGACGACGAGGGGUUGGCCAAGGUGCCGAGGGCGAGUGAUACGGAUAGUAGCAUCUUUAGGCCUGGAGAGAUGGCCGAGUUGUUGAAGAGGGAGAGGGAGGCGUGGGAUGAGGAAGUUGAAGAGGAGUGAUGGGAGCGUUAGCACAAUGGUGUUCCGCUUCUCUUGUGCUAUUAUAUCCCAUUCUUUGCUGUAUUUAUGAUUAGGGAUUUAUGCUUUGGUUUGGCUGGGACUGGGUUG